AAGAGAUCUUGCAUUCUGAAGAUAAAAAGGAAUCUCUGAAGAUGAAAGUUUCCCUCUUGUGUCUGUGUCUCUUUAGCGUAGCCUGUGCUGAACCAGCGUUUCAGUCACACUCUGGAAAAGCCAAAGAGAACUGCAGCAAACACCACAAGAUACUGGUGAGAGGCCAUAAUCUCAAGCAUGGGUAUUAUAUAUUUAAGUAUGUGUACGCAUCUUCAAUCCGAAAAAAUCAGACACAGAUAAAGAAAGAAGAGGAAAAUAAUAAAAGCAAUGUUUCUACUCACCGGUUUAACAACGGAGACAAAUUAACAAAGCUUACAGAAGAAGACUCCAGGAUACAAAAGAGAGGUGAAGACCAGAAAUACAUUGGUGAAAAUGGAAUUGCCAGAACAUCCGAGAACAGAAGCAUUUCUGAUAGCAGACAGAAAUUUAUUGGAGUUAAUGGAAACACCAGCAGCUGGGACACCCAUCAUCACUUAGAGGUCAUUAUACACAAAGAUGGCACUGAGAUUACUACUGGGAAUAUUAUUGCUGACAUAGAGGGCAGUGGUGACCUAGAUUUUCUAGACCACAUUUUUGUUAAUGCCCACCAUGCCAGAGGUAGUGGUCAGCAGGAUACAAGGGGCACUGGUCACACAGAAGUUUUGGGGAAAGAUAAAGACAAAGAUGGAGCUGGACUAACCAGUAAGAAUGAACCAGACAGUACUGGUUCUAAUGUCACUGGAGAAAAAGAUGAAGCCAAGGUCAGUGAUAGUGCUAGAGAUAGCUCUAAGAAAAACAAAGGCACGAGUCAGGACCCAGAAAGUACUGGUUAUUCAGACCAAGAUGGCACCAAAGAUAGAGAGCCUGGCAAUGAGGGAAGUGGUUACACAGGCUUUCUAGACAAAGAUGAAGAGGAUGUUGCCACCAGCAAUAGUUCUACAGAUAUUCCAGAAAAAAUGGACGAUGCCAGAGUUGACACAGAAGGCACAGAGGAUUACACGUAUCUUCCAGCCACAGACAAAGUUAAGACAAUUAAGGGGAAGUCUAGCAGUCACGUGGAAGGACCUGGUUUCACCAAAGAACAUAAAAAAGGUGAAGUUAAUAUCCUUAGUGGGAGGGCUUGUAGUUGUGCAGAAGAACCAGAUGUCACUGAAGCACAUAUCAAAGAGGAAGGGGAAGAUAACAUUAGUGGGAGAGCUAGUAGCCAGAGAGAGAGACUUGGCUCCACCAAGAAACAUAAAAAAGAUAAAGGUGGAAAUAAUAUCUCUAGCAGGAAGGUUAGCAGUCACAUACAGGAACCCGAUGUCACCAAAUCACUUAAGAAAGAUAAAGGUGAAAGGAGCAUUAUUAAUGUGAGCGUUAGUAGUCAUGUGGAGAGACCUGGUUUCACCGAGACACACAACAAAGAUAGAAGUGAUGUUAACAAGAGUAAUGGAAAUGCCUAUGAGAGUAAAUUGGGAAUUAGUUACACAGAAGCUCCAGAAAAGGGGAGAACCAUUACUGGGAUUAGAUUUAGAGAUGGCAAAAAUGAUUUGACAGAAAGAGGUACCAGUUACAGUAAAGCCCCUGGAAAUGGUGCCAAUGUUAAGACCAGCGCUAGAGUUCCCACUACAAAGACAGAAAACAUUAGUCACAAGUAUAUUAGGGGCAAAGAUGAUACUCGACUCCGUGCAUCUCAAGAUCACAGUGAGCAUCUUAAUAAAAUUAAGAAAACUGAUGAAAUUCAUACUUUUUAUGUCCUUGGUAAUGAUGGAAAUGUUAUAAAGACUAAUGAAAAGAGCAAGAAGAACAAUACUGGAACUGACAGACAAUACACAGCCAAGGCAUGUCAAGGGAGUGAUAGAGGCCUAAGGAGAAAGGGCAUUUGUCAUGAUAAAAAGGACCAGUCAGCUAAGAGCUUUCAUGGCAACAAUGAUGACAGAAGCCAGUCGUCUGACAGUCAAAAUUCAAGCAGGAGUGAUAGUCACCAGUCCUAUGAGGAUUACCAGAAUGAUCAGCCUGGCAGUUACCAAUCAGCUCAGGGUAUUCAGGAUGAGGAAUAUGGUCUCUCGGCUGAGAAUAAUCAGAGUGACAGCCAUAGCCAGAUGGCAGAGCAAGAGACUGGUUAUUCUCACGAGCACUAGCCAACAGGAACCGUUUCAUUUACUGAGGUAUCAUUUCUGAGAACCAUGUUCCAUAAGCCAGCAGGUCUAACACUGAAAGUGAUACUGAAAUGUCAAAGUGGGAUACGAACUACUAGUAGGACAUGGGCUGGGAUCACCUGACAUGAUGGUUGCUUUAGACUAUAGUAUUGAAUAAGAAGCCAUUAUAACUACACUGAUUAAUAUUAAAUAUGCACACCAAUUACUUUUGAGUUAUUAGUUAUGGCAGGGUAAGUUUUAAAGUCUGGAAGCCACUACUAUAAACUAUAAUAGCAUAGCCAAAAUACAAUAUAUAUAGGUUGAGGGUUGACUACAUUUCAUAUU